ACCGUUAACGUUGUCCUCGAUUUAUCUCUCUAUUUUUGGGCCCUCUUCGUUCUUCAGGCCUCAGCCAUAUAUUUUUCGCUUCCUUGAACACGCAGGAUGACCACUUUUGAUGAUGAAAGGGACGCAAACAUUGCAAAAAACCGAGAAAUGCUCAAGGCAUUAGGAUUGGACGUUGGUACCAGAACCUUCGCGCCGUCCAAACCCAAACCAAAGCCCAAAGCGAAAUCAAGAGCGCCUCCCAAACGAAAGCAACCAGCUUCGGAUGAAAGCUCAGGUGAGGACGAAGAUCAACCACGAAAAACUGCGCGCGUCGAGGUGAACGAAGAAAAUGGCAACACUGGCCUACGUCGCAGUGGAAGAAAUGCGGGGAAACGAGUCGACUACAAAGGAGAUGGAGAAAGUAUUGCAAACAGCAGACCUCCACGCCCAUGCCUUAUAAGCUCUGCGGCACAACGUGGUGUUGACACGGAACCACGAAGUGUUGACAAGCGCAUUCACGAUCCAAAGACCUAUGGUGCAAUUCCAGGUGUCGCUGUAGGAACGUGGUGGGAGACUCGCCAAGCGUGUAGCAUUGAUGCUAUCCAUGCUCCUUGGGUAGCUGGCAUCUCGUCUGGUCCACACGGAGCUUAUUCUGUAGCUCUUUCCGGUGGCUACGAAGAUGACGUGGAUGUAGGCGAGGGAUUCACGUUCACAGGAGCAGGAGGAAGAGAUUUGAAGGGAACGAAGAACAACCCGAAGAACCUUCGGACUGCAGAGCAGAGCUCUGAUCAGACAUUUGAGAAUAGUGGGAAUAAGGCUCUGAAGAAAUCUGUGGAAACCAGGAAACCUGUUCGUGUUAUCCGUGGGUACAAGCUUCAAUCCGAAUACGCCCCAGCCGAAGGCUAUCGUUACGAUGGGUUGUACACUGUAGAAAAGGCCUGGCAAGAGCGCGGGUUUUCCGGCUUUUUGGUUUGCAAGUUUGCUUUUAAGCGCAUUCCUGGUCAAGAUCCACUCGUAGUCAACGCGAUCGAAAGCUCGGAUGCAGAUGACUCGGAUGAGCAGGAAGAAGAUUCCUGAACCUAAAGACAUACUACCUCAGACUGUGAUACCCCGUCAAGUUUCAUCUCUCAAACCAUUGACCGAUGUUCCGUCAUACCAUCUAGUUACCUAUAUCUUGCGUUGUUUGCUUUCAAUUUGCUCUCGCCAGUACAUCUAGGCUGUUGCUUUCUUGUAUAUAGUUUGAUAUUACGUUGCCUUGUUGUUGUUGUUUGUAACAGUCCAUCUAAUAACGAUCUCUGUAUCCUCUAUGCGAAUGGUGGAUGGACAUGGAGACGAUUCGCUAAAGAUUCA